AAACUAGAAGCACUCAACCGGACAAACCACUGAAAAUGUUUCAGACUCUCUUUCAAACUCUCUCUCACCAAACCCAUAUGAAAAUUUCAAACUCUCUUCUCCAAGGAUUUUCUCUCUGCAUCCCACGUUCCUCAGUGUCGCCGGUGCCACCAGCCAUCGUGCCAAGCCACCGUUGUUGCGUGGGCUAUGUCUUACACCAACCUAGCAUCAGCGGAAAGUGCCGCCCACUUGCAGGCAUAGGCACUACCCAGCAUCACCGGACUGCUCCGCUAGAACAGUCACUACCCAAACCAUGUACUCCUCGAGAGGGAGCAAUGCGUUUGGGCAGCAAUCGUAUGCGGCUCAAUCGGCUGCGUAUGGCGCUAGUGAAUGGAAUGGGCAAGUUGUUUAACAUGAGGCAAGUCGAAGUGAUCAAGCUAAGAUUGAAAGUUGUGGACUUUGGAUGGAAUGUAUAGUCAAGAAGCAAGAGGUGGAAUGUGUAGUCAAACAAUAAGCACAACAAUUGUAGAAAUUUCAUGUUAUUAUAAUCAUGUAAUUAAAGUGUAUAUUUCAAUGGAAUUCUUGUUAUGUGACCAAAGUGUACAUUUUAAUAAAAUUUGUUCAUUUUUUAUUAUA